UAAAAACAAUGUUUACGGGAAAGCUAUUAACGCGACAUCGACAGAGAAACUCGCACUCUCACCUUCUUCAGACGAACCUCCUAAAGAAUUAACAGACCCACCACCGUCGCCAACGCGAAACUCCACAUUCCUUCCUUAUCCAUACGGAAAUCCGUCGGCAACUCCAAGCUGAUAUUUGGAGAAUUUCAUAGAUUCAUUUGGUGAAAUCUUCUAAGGCGAAUGGCGACGGCGACUUACCCGCCGCCUCCGCCGUACUACAAGCUCUACAAAGAGUACUCUCAGGACCCCAGUUCCGCUCCGGCGCCGCCACCCCCUAUCCAAGGCUCCUAUGUCCUCUACGGCGCCAAUUAUACUACUGAUGAUGUGCUUCCAGGUCUAGAAGAGCAGGGUGUUCGGCAGUUGUACCCAAAAGGGCCAAAUAUUGAUUUCAAGAAGGAAUUGAGAUCACUCAACAGAGAAUUGCAACUGCAUUUUUUGGAACUUGCUGACGUCCUUGUAGAGCGACCAUCUCAAUAUGCCAGACGAGUGGAAGAAAUUUCUCUUAUUUUCAAGAACAUACAUCACCUGCUCAAUUCCAUUCGGCCUCACCAGGCUAGAGCAACACUCAUCCAUAUCCUAGAACUCCAGAUACAACGACGCAAACAAGCGGUGGAGGACAUUAAGAGGAGAAGAGAAGAAGCACGACGACUUCUAGCGGAGGCACUUGGAACUCUUGAUGGACAAUAGAAAUUGUCUGAUUACUCAAACUCUGUUCGACGUAGAAUGCUUUACCUUUGGGACAUUUUUUUUGUAGCUUAUUUCCUUUUUUUUUCUUUUUCGAAAAGUCAUAAUUUAAUGGUGUUCCUGUGGUUUGAGCUAUGUGACCCUGGAUUUUCAUGAUCGUUCCUGGAUGUUUUAUGUGGAAAAGUUAUGUUCAAAAGGCAAGAAAGUAUAAUGUAGCUUAAAUGUCUGUGUACACCAAAUUAUGACAAAGUAUUGAGUUGUCCUUUUUAAGGAUCUGAAAAUUCAUUGCCCAGCAUCUCAAGCUCGGGAAAUUCACCGUUUUUUUGACUGUUCGAUUACACACAUAUCCAUGUGUAUGAGUGUGUGAUUCUACGGUAAAAAACGAUCGAGGGGAUUGCCUUCACUGUAGGUAUUAAUUUUUAUUCAAACUCAAGAAGUGCUUGAAUAUUCUCUAUGUGCCAUGAUUAUGCAGG